UAUCCGUCUCUCUCCGUAAUAGUCAGGCAACAUGCACGAAAUGUGUAUUGAUUUCCAUAAAAAGGUGAAUGCAUAAUUAUAGACUCUACAGGUAGCGCACAGGUAACGGCCAACGGGCGGCCACGCUCCACUCCCUCAUUGUUACCUCGGCAAGGAAUGCUGUGACACGGGAUACGGCAGACAUUUAAAAAUAUCGGACCGCGGCUUUAAACGAUGGAUAAAUAUUGAACAGAUAGCUAUCGAUAAAACAGGAGAAUUAGACCGAACAGUAAAAAGGACCAUCCUGUGAUCUGUAUAGGAAUUUUUAAAUUGUGUGCCGUUUAGAAUUAUUUACAAAUAUAUUUAAAACUUUAAGCGCUUUGAAAAAGCUGUUACGCUUCAUCUACAACGUUCAGUGUAUAUUAAAUUGGAAGUGAUUUACAUUUACAAUAUACACUUAGGUACGCCAACCUAGACUAACACGAAAUCGUUACACUUCAUUUACAGGAGUUAGAUAGCCGCUGGUGAAAAUUCUGUUAUGGGAAAUAGUGGACUUGCAUUGUGGCUCACACACCAAACGAAUGGCGACGGAUUAUCAUUGUCCGACAAACCCCACCAAGUACUGACCCAGGAACACAAGUGUCUGUUAAGUGAUUUACUGGCUGGUAAACUCUGAAAUAGCCGUUGAAGUCCAUAUAAACGCUGACAAUGGGGUACGGCACACAUCGGUUUAUUACUACCGUCGACCCGAAUUUGAUAUGUGGAAUUUGCGGAUCCGUACUAGAAGAUCCCGUGUUGACCCCUUGUGGACACAGCUUCUGUAGGCUAUGCCUCAACACUUGGCUCAGCAAACCAGAUGUUCGGACGUGUCCAGAAUGUCGCAGCAAAGUGACAGAGAGCGAAAUGAAGCCAGUGCUCUCCCUUCGAAACCUCAUUAACGGGUUUGACGUCACAUGCGACAACAAUGACCGGGGUUGCAAAGUUAUCACCAAACUGGAGAAGUUGGCGUGUCACAUAGAGACAUGUGGGUACGUACCAGUCAAGUGUGCAGGAUGUGGCACCAACAUCCACCGCUACGAACUAGCCGCUCACCAAAUGCGGUGCGAGGGCAUUGCUGCCGCCAUUAAGGACGACGUAGAUAAUGAACGUUCCCUUGCCGCCUCUCGGCUCGGCAAUAUCCGGCUGAACGCCAGCAUUACAUCAGCGGAAGUGUCAAACCUUGUGUCGCGUAUUUCAUUCCUAGAGCAGCAGCUGAAAACAUUCAAGCGUGAUCUGCAGGUUUCUGAGUCAAAGAAUCGUGUUCUGGAAAGAGAGUACCGGAAGUCGAGAGAGGAGUUACAAGAAAAAAGAAACGAGCUGUUGGACGCGCAGUAUGCGGACUUCGACCCCGACUAUGAUUACGGAUACACGCCUGAGAGCAUCGCCAAGCUCUCCCUCCUCAUUGCUAGAUUCCUCCUCAAGAAACCGUCUUAUGCGGAUAGCGACCGGAUCUUCAGUGCUAUCAAACGGUGCUACGAAAACUACGCACGUUGUGGAAAUGAGUACGAACACGAUGUACACAUGUUAGUUGCCUCGGCGUUCGCCAGUAAUUGGUUCGGAGAGGCCCAGCGCAUUAACUUCCACUGUUGGCUACAGAGCAUAGCUCGGUAUAGGCAGGCCACACAAAACUGUAAGUCUAUGUCUUCCGCAUUGUUUGACAGGAAAUCUUCCCAAAAUGAAACUUCACCUCGGGCAUUUGUAUUAUGAACAUCGCGGACAUUUUUUUUUAUCAGGAAAUAUCGUUUAUAAUUUCAUUUGUUUCCAUGGUUUUUUUUAUAUCUUAACUAAAUUUUAUGAUCACCUGCUUGAUUAAGGUUCACCAUAUUAGUAGUAUCAGGUUGUACUGGGUACAGAAGUAACUCGGAAGGAUCAAAGAAGACGUAUUAACUUGUCGAUAUAUACUGUGUCUACUCGAUACAUUGUCACUUCGCUGAUCUAUACAAUACCAACUGUUGAUAUAUACAUUCCGUGCCGUUCACACGACAGUCCAGUGUCGUAUAUAGUGUAGACAAAACACUAGUCCUACUGUUUGGUUCUGUUGUUUAGACUUUUGCUAGACUCAUUACAGAUAUAUUAAAAAGACAUAUUUGGCCGAGCGUGUGCUGUCGCUUCACAACAAUUAUAUAUAUUUGGUUUCCGCCGACACACAUUGUUCUGAUCACGGAGCUGUACCGAACUGUAAUUGUCACGAAACUUCGCUACCUGAGCUAUUUUGGGUAUCUGUGUACUAAUUAACGUUUACAGAAAGAUUCUUUAGUUCAAAUGGUUCUUUUCCAAUGAUUCACUUGUAUUGCUUUUAAUUAAAGGUUAUAUUGCAAAUGGUACUAUGUCGGAUGUAAAACCAAUACAGUACUUUAGCCUAUUACAGGACUACAAGUACCACAGCAAUUAUCAUAUUUUCAUUUAGAACCUUGUCUUCCAUUAAAAUAGUUAUACGCGCCAUAGAAACCCAGAGAGUCUUUGUGUGGUUGAGACUGAGAUUCAUGUGUCUCCGUGAAAGUCAAAAAUGUCACGAAAUAUACUCAGGGUAUUACAAGUACCAUUACAAUCCAUACUAUGUCGUCGUAUAAGUUCAUUAUAACCUAAAGGUUUAGUCUCAUAUGUCAUACAGCGUUGCUAUCAAACCACACAAAGUUAGGAAGGGGUACUGCCUACUCCGUUGCGCAUUGUCAUCUUUGGUCGCAAGCAUUAUCUGUCUUAUACUGUACGACUUCUUCGGUCGCGGAAAGGUAAAACUCACAUAUUGUCUAGAAUAUCAACUUAAAUGUCAGCGUCACAUCACCUUUCCUUUUAUAUUUGAGUUAUUAGACAUUCGAAAAAAAAACGCUUCGUUCAGAAAUGUUCAAAUGAAGAAAUUAACGUUAGCAAUUCUAUAGUGGUAAAUUGUUGUUUUUAAUUGAAGCACUACUUAAUGUGAUUAAAGAUUUCUGUAACAGGAUCUACAAUCCUUCAUGUAUGAAAUAUUUUCGUGUAUCGAAUUAUAGCCCAGAUCCUAAAAACGAUAUCACUGAAUUGGUAGCUAAUUAUAGCUCCGAACCCACGUUAUUAGUCACUAUUACAUUAUUUUUUUAAAUCGGCCCCAGGAAAACGUUAAGUAAUAGAAACCUUACACCUUGGAAGUCCACAGUGUGUUCAUUAUAGAAUCGAGUGAUUAAAGUGAAAUUACAACUGUUAAGUGAUAGUAAGUGACUAUAAUUGUGUGUCAUUACAAUACAUGUAAACGAAGUUGUCAACUUAUUUCCAAAUUCAUAGGAAAGUUUGCGUGCAUAGGUAUAGAGCAAAGAAACUCCGAUCAUUGUGCUCGGAUUUUGCAGGUACAAAGCAAGGAAGGGCGCUCACUACAGUAGGGGAGGAAACAAACAAUAUGUUUAUACGAUAGCUAGCUAAUAUAUGUUUCAUUCUUUUCAAUUUCAACAUGUCUGUGAUUUUUUUUAUCAUUUUAAUAAAUAUGUUU